AUGAAAUUGGACACGGUCUUCAAGUUCCUGCUGGUCGUAGUCAUUCUCUUCACAGUGCAGCAAAUAUGGCCCGUACACGACGUGCUCAGGAAGGUGCAAAGUGGGGCCCUGGUUCCCUGGGCGAAGAGUGCGCUGAGCAAACUGUGUUCUGAUUUUUGUUUUAAGAGAAUCAAAAGGGACAUGGAGAUAUUUUACCGCGAGAAGUACAUAGUCCCGAGGCCAUGUUACUUUGUCUUUUUCAUCGUUAGCGGUUGCCUGACCCUGGGCGCCAAGUGGAUGAUGCACAGGGUUUCGCAGCCGCUGGGCGAGCGCUGGAUCCCCCGCAAAAAAUGGAGCGAACGCAUACGCAAGAUCAAAGUGGCCAGGUUUAACCUGAUGUUUUUUAACUUGUUUUACUUCACCCUCAUCAGUGCACUCGGUUUUGUCGCGCUCAGCUGCCAGACGUUCUUCCCCCACGAAAUGGGCGGCCAGGGCAAGCUCAGCGAUUACUUUGCAGGCUACCCCAACCAGAAAACGUCCAGUCUUAUACACCUGUAUUACUUCCUAAAUGGGGGUUACCUGCUCACGUCCGUGUACUCCCUGCUCAUGGCUGAGAAGCUGCCCGAUUUUUAUGAGAAUUUCCUGCAACACCUGUGUGCAGUUAUCCUGGUUUACUUUUCCUACGGACAGAACUUCCUCCGAGUUGGCUCCAUCAUCAUGCUCUGUCACGACAUAUGCGAGGUUUUCUCGUCCGCGUGCCGCGUCUUUGUGGACACGAGACACAAAGCCGUGACGGUCAGCUCCUUCUGCAUCCUCUUCUCAAGCUGGGGAUUCCUCCGUCUGUACAUUUACGCCAAGAGAUGCAUACUUCCCAUUCAUAGAAAUUUCCAUGUGUUUAACCCCCUCAUCGGGUACGAAGCAUGUGUGUGGCUGACAUUUCUUUUACUCGUCAUUCUGUUAAUGAAUGCGUACUGGUUUGUCCUUAUGGGGAAGAUGUUUAUUCAUUUCGUUUCGAGUGGGAAGACGGAGGAUAUUUUGACGCGGGUGGCCGAGCUGGAGGAGGGGGAGAAGAAGGUCAAGUGA